AUGGCUGAUAAACUGGGUCUGGCUGUGGGGGACGACACGACGUCCAUCAUGGCGCUAUUGGAGCGUGUGGCGGGCAUCAUUGACAACGUGCAGACGUGUCAGACACGUAUGGAGGAGAGGCAGCUAGAAUUGGAGAACAGCGUCAAGACCAUCCAGGAGGACGUGGUGAAGCUGACGGUAAACCACGCCGCCACCAGCAGCACAGUGGACAAGCUGCUGGAGAAAACGCGGACGGUCAGCUGCCACAUCAAGGAUGUCCGGGUACGGGUGGAGAAUCAGAACAUCCGCGUCAAGAAGGUGGAAAUAACCCAGGAGGAACUGUUGGCCAAGAACAAGUUCCGGGUUGUUAUCUACCAGGGUGACAGUGAGGUGCCAGCUGUGGCAGCCGGAAAGGAACCCAAAGGACCCAGUCAACCCAAGGCACCCAAACCGUCGGCGGCCGAAGUGGAGCCAGACCACUUUGAGCUCCCCCCUGAGUCUGAUGAGGAGUACAUGGUGGUGGAGGAAGCCUCGUCCACAGCCGCCAAGAUGAAGAAAUCAGGCCUGAGCCGCAUCGAGAGCUUCAAAUCUACCUUCUCCCGCGCGAACAUGACCAAGACGAAAGAGAACAUGAACAGCAAGGUUGGCCAGAUGGGUGAGCGCAUCGUAUCGACUGAGCGCCGGGAGAAGAUCCGCCAGUCCGGCGAGAGGCUCAAGCAGUCCGGCUCGCGGCUCAAGGAAUCUAUUGCCAGCCAUGUGCCCGCCAAACUGAAGAAGGAGAGGACUGUGGCGGAGGGCCAGGAGGGGGCCGAGGGGGUCACUGAGGGUGCCGCACCCAUCCCGCCACCCAAGGGACGCAAAUCCGCAAGCCCUGACCUCGCCUACACGGAGGUGACCAAGGAGGCUGAGGAUGGAGAGGAUGAGGUACCGAUAAAUGAUAUCAAGCAGCUCUCCUAA